AUGGUUUUUUGUUACUUCAUAAUACCUUGCAAACGUAAGUCCAGCCUUUCAAGAGUAUCUUCUCAAAGACAAGCGAAAACAUUAGCUCGACCGCUAGAAUCUUUAGAAGAUGCUGAACUGAAAAGGCAAGAACAAGCAGAGCGUCAGGCUACUUUUAGAGCAUCUCAGAGACAUUCUCAACGUCAGCAAAGGCGUCUUGAACAGACAGAGCGUCAGGCUACUUUAAAAGCUACUGAAACACCUGCUCAAAUUCAGCAAAGGCAUCUUGAACAGGCAGAGCGUCAAGCUACUUUAAGAGCUACUGAAACAGCUGCUCAAAGUCAGCAAAGGCGUCUUGAACAGGCAGAGCGUCAAGCUACUUUAAGAGCUACUGAAACACCUGCUCAAAGUCAGCAAAGGCUAUUCGAACACGCGGAACGUCAGGCCGCCUUAAGAGCCGCGGAAACACCUGAUGAAACUCAACACAGACUCAUUGAGCAAGCUGAACGCCAAUCUACUCUAUAA